AACCCUCAUCGAAUAUUUACCAUACAGAAGUUACCACCAAUCCAAAGAAAGGAUAGGCGGGUGCUAGACAGGCAGCCGUGCCGCUUUGUGAACACCGACUCCCUCGGGCGGAGAGACAGUUUAUAAUCUUUGAUUAAAUUGACCAGAUACUAUAGCGGUCGCUCUAACGAUGAAAAUAAUGGAUACAGUUGGAAGGAGGCAAGAUCAGGUGGCACCAUUCUAGCCAAUGAGAGGGCAGAUACGCAGGACCACGACGGUUUUCCACUAGUUACCACAGCCACAAGGUAGAAAAAUGAAUAUCGUUACAUUUCACAAAAACAAAAAUGAGCUUUGUGGUCUUAUAAGGUUAGGGUCAUGCAUAACGUUAGCAUUGUGUUUAAGGUUAGGUUUAAGAUCACAUUUUGAGAAAAUAAAUUGUAGAAAUAGGCGGGGAUUAUGAUUUGUGUUUGUUGCAACUAGUGACGACCAGGCACAACUGCCUAUAUAUAACGUUUUUUCUUCUUCUCAGUUACCGGGAUGUCGAGGUAUGCUACCUAUAUCAGUACACUCGUAACAACCUAAUCAUUACGAAACUUCUAUUUGAUCAAAUAUGCCACACGUAUUAAAUAAGCCAUUACAUGUUUUGUUAUCCAAAUUCGACGCUCUCAUUGACAAAUUGAUCUCCAUGCAAUUAUCCCUCACGUUUCGCCUCUCUGGCAUAAAUAAACAUGUGACCGUGGAGGUCCAGUUUGAGAAUUCAUCCUCGUGGCAAUAUUGAGAGAAAAAAACGCUAGAUUACAAAAAAAAUUCUUAGCUGAUUGUAAUACUUUUGGAAAUGAAUGAAUGGAUGGCAUAUGACCCACUGAAAGAAUAAACCAAGGACAAGGUUCCCGACCACCAGCCUAAAGCGAGGAGAGAGAAAGGAAAGGGGGAGAAUGGUGCAGAUCGCUUAGCAACGUGGACGCUUGGUGCUCAACCGGAUACGAGCACAGGACUUAAGUCGAAGAGUUGAAGGAUUUUACAACAUCAUUUAGCUAAAACAGCGUCUGAAAACUUGAGCGAUGGAGAGAAUAUGUCUUGACAAGACUGCAUCUAAGGCAGUGGACGACUAUCUGGAGUACAGGAGGAUCGUGGGUGAAGACGAUGGCGGCAGACUAUUCUCCCCAGAGGAAUAUGAAGAGUACAAGAGAACAGUGUUUCCCCAGAGACUACACAACAGGCUGUAUGUGAGCUUUGGAGUGCCAGGGGGAAUAGACUGUAAACUCAUCGGCCCAGAGACACCUUGCUUCUGCACACACAGGUACAAACAGCAUCAGACAGACUUUGAGGAGGUUCCUUCGGAGCGCCCGAUAGCACUACCAUGCCGGGUGCAAGGGUGUCGGUGUUUGGCCUUUCAGUACGUGCACCUGAACGGGUCACAGCCUGUACGCUGCAGGUGCAAACACUCUGUCUACGACCACAGUGAGACCUCAGAACACCUCUGUGGGAAAUGCUCAUCCUGCUCUGGGUUCUGGAGCCCCUACAGCUGUGGGUGUGGCCAGCCCAGCUCCGCCCACCGGACGCUGGUGGAGACGAAAGCAGAACGGGAGGCCCGGGGUCGUCCGGUGGGCAGAGACGUUCCAUACGCAGCCAUGGGGGGUCUGACAGGGUUCAGCUCCCUGGCUGACGGGUACCUGAGACUGGACGAUAGCGGGGCAGGUGCCCCUCACCUGUGUGUUCUGUCGUCUCAACAACCAAGAGCUUUCCAGGAGCAUGUGUUUGAGAAAGCCUCAGGACCAGCAGCAGCCUCAGGACCAGCAGCAGCCUCAGGACCUAAAGAGGAGAGUUCAGUGACGUCUGUGACCAGGUCUCUGUCUGACCUCAGCACCAGAGAUGAAGAAGACAUGGCGUACUUUGAGAGACGCUACCAGGAGAGGGUGAGGAGGACAGUUCUCUAAUGAAACACUGGAGGCCAGCAAAGCGCAGUAGAAACAGAAUUGUACAGAUGAAAAAUAAGUGAGAUCAAGGAAGCAGAGCGACACAUACUGUGCCUUCAGAAAGUAUUCAUACACCUUGACUUAUUCCACAUUUCGUUGUGUUACAGCUUGAAUUCAAAAUGGAUUAAAUAUAUUUUUUUCUCUGACCCAUCUACUAACAGUAGCCCCGUAAUGACAAAGUGAAAACAUGUUUUUAGAAACUGUUGGAAAUUUAUUGAAAAUGAAAUACAGAAAUAUCUCAUUUA